ACCAGGUCACUCAUUUUUCUAAGGGAAAUUCAACAAAGCGAAAAUAACAAGUGGACGUUCGCUGGAAUCUCGGAUGAAGAAAAAAACAUGAUUUCCAAGCAUUUCCUGAAAAUUCGGCUUUUCAUGAUACUCUUAUCACUGGGAUUUGUUAUUCAUGUAAUAUUGGGAUUAUACACGAUAAUACAGUCCGAACGACGGUUCAGAAUAAAGCCUCGUCAAGUGGCUGUAAUAGACGUCAGAGGGCAUACCUAUCACCGACAUGUGGGCGAAGUCGUCGAUAUGAAAUUAAGAAAAGAAUAUCUGAAACGACGACGAGGUGUAGAAUCUUUUCAACCACAUCUGAUGGCCAGAAGAGAAAUACUAGGUUACCAUGGACACCAGUACCUAAACAACAAACAGACAGGCUACCGUGGCAUCAGCGGAGAACCGGAAAUCGUUCCUUCCACUUGUCAGACCUGCGUUUUGAUUGGAACAUCAGGAACAAUUAUUGGAUCUAACAGAGGUGCACAGAUUGACGCAGCGGACUGUGUAUUUAGACUUGGACUUUCUCCUGUUACCAGUUUCACGAACGACGUUGGAAGUAAAACUACAUUUCGGAUUUUAGACGCGAAGAAUUUCCAGGAAAUAACGAAAAAGCCUCAGAAGUUCGUUCACGGAGCUCUAGCGAGUGGGCACGUGUUUGUGUUUGAUCUACCGAAUGUGGCCGAGAUUGUGUCCUUCCCCAGAAGCCUGAAGAAAUUGACUAAACAAUACCGUUCAAUCGUAUUCUACCGUGUAGACAGACAGGGUGAACAGCGAUCUCUAGUGUCCAUGAGGGAAGCAGCAGCCCGGGCAGGGUACAAACUACUAGGAGCACGACCCUCAACUUUAUGGUUCACCAUACAAGUUAUGAUGGACGCAGGAUGUUCAAACUCAACUAUAUUCGGAGUUCCAGACCCUAAAUAUUGCAAGUAGGUAUUGUUUA